CAAUGUCGGCCCCACACGAUGCCGUUCGAGCCCACUGGAGCGUACCGUCCGCCGACGACGACGCAGCAUUUGCGCUGGCGCUGGCGGCGCAAUUUGCCGACGACGAUUUGAAUGCGGCUGAAAUCGCCUCGACCGAUGCUGCACUGGCACAAGCCUUGGCCGCUGGUACGAUUGAGACCCCAGCUGAGCGCGAUGCACGUCCAGAUGCGGUUUGGAUGCGCCCCUACGAUGCAACGUUCGAAUCGCACGAUUCGUUGGACGAGUGGAUAGUCCGCGACGAAACACCCCCCCACGACGACGACGCGAGCAGGGCUUUGGCGGAAGCCUUGGCGGCGCAAUUUGACCAUGAACUUGCCGUCGAGCUGUCUUUUGCACCCGCCGAAGACCACGAUGUGGGCGCGGCAUACGCGAUGGACGAUGGAGACGACGACAGCAUCGCAUUCGAGACGAACGACAUGUCGAUCCCUGCAGUACGUGGCCGCAACCGUAGAGUGAGUUGGUUUGGCCAGUCUUCAAAGUCAUCCAUGCGCAAGGGAGUUCGAAUUGCCUUAGACUAACUCGAGAGAUCCAUUAUACCUCCACCUCGAUCGACCUCACGCAGCCCCUAAGCCCACGAGGGGGAGGUGGCAGUGGCUUGAACUGCUGUAUUGAUGUGUAAGUGUACCAACAAUUAAACCCC